AUGUACCGGCAAAUUUUAAUAGAAAAAGAACAAACGCCAUUACAAAGCAUUGUCUGGCGGGAGGAUCCGAAUAGCGAAAUACAAGACUUCGAAUUACUUACGGUAACGUAUGGUACAAAGCCUGCUUCAUUUUUAGCGGUCAGAUGUUUGCAUCAAUUAGCAGAAUCCGAGAAAACAAAUUAUCCCGAAGCAGCUACAAUAGUUUGCAAUAAUUUUUACAUGGACGAUCUGCUGGCGGGAGGUGCUACAAAGGCAGAAGUCAUUAAGUUAAAGGGAGAGCUGACAGAGCUACUAGAAAAGGGAGGAUUUAGAUUACGUAAGUGGAGAUCCAAUAUGUCCAUUUGUAGCGAAAAUGUGCAUACGGUAACGGAAGGCCUAGACAUUGUCAAAGAAAAUGAGACAAAGUUAUUAGGAAUAUCGUGGGAUCCGAAAAAGGAUAUGUUUCAAUAUGAAGUAACAUCGAAAGAAAAUGAUCAGAAUGCAACGAAAAGAGUAAUGUUGUCACAAGUGUGCAAACUUUUCGAUCCAUUAGGGUUGGUGGGGCCUGUAAUUACCGCUGCUAAGGAUCUUAUCCUAAUGCAAACGUUAUGGAAUUUGGGGAUUGACUGGGACGAAGAGGUGCCUAUGCAGGUAUAUCAGAGUUGGAACCAAAUAAGAACACAAUUGUGUUUGCUUAAUGAAUUAAAAAUUCCUAGAUUGAUAGUGUCAGGAAAAAACAAUAGUCAGCUACAGUUACAUGGAUUUUGUGACGCGAGCGAAAGAGCCUACGGUGCAUGUGUAUACCUACACGAAAGGGACAAACAUGGCGAUACAAUCACCAAGUUAAUUUGUUCAAAAUCGCGUGUAGCACCUAUGAGAGCCUUAUCAUUACCACGGUUAGAGUUGUGUGGGGCGGUUUUACUAGUAAACUUAAUGUGUCGAGUGAUGGACAGUUUAAAGUUGACAAUAGACCAGAAAUUCUAUUGGACGGAUUCAACAAUAGUACUCGCGUGGAUAAACUCCCCAUCUAGAAGGUGGCAAAUGUUUGUCGCAAAUCGGGUUAGCGAAAUUCAUACCAAUUCCUCAGCUUCCGAAUGGAAACACGUAGAUUCGAAGAAUAAUCCUGCGGACUUCAUAUCAAGAGGUGCAACCCCAGAACAGUUAAUGAAAGCUAGCAGUUGA